UCCACUUCCUGAGGAGGCAGCAGCAGAACAAAGCCAGCGGAGGCCGCUUUUCUCUUCUUCAUCCAGGCACGGCUGCCUUAGCCUCUGCCUCCCGGCACCAUCCUGGGGAAGGACAAGAUGAAGUGGACGACGCUUGCUCUCGUGGCCAUCCUGCAGGCACAGUUCCCAAUUACAGCGGCACAGAGCUUCGGCCUACUCGAUCCUAAACUCUGCUACCUGUUGGAUGGGUUCCUCUUCAUCUACGGUGUCAUUAUCACUGCCCUGUUCCUGAGAGCGAAGUUCAGCAGGAGUGCGGCGGUCCCCGCCCACCAGCAGGGCCAGAACCAGGUCUACAACGAGCUUAAUCUAGGGCGAAGAGAGGAGUAUGCCGUGUUGGAUAGGAGAGGGGGCCUGGACCCCGAGAUGGGGGGGAAACCGCAGAGGAAGAAGAACCCACACGAAGUCGUGUAUAAUGAGCUGCGAAAAGACAAAAUGGCAGAGGCCUACAGUGAGAUAGGGAUGAAGGGCGAGAACCAGCGGCGAAGAGGCAAGGGACAUGAUGGCCUUUACCAGGGACUCAGCCCGGCCACCAAGGACACCUAUGCUGCGCUCCACAUGCAAGACCUGCCUGCUCGCUAACAGCGCUUGGACUUUCACCACUCACAGGCCAGACCUGCAGACGCCCAGAUUGUUUGAGACACAGGAUGACGUAUCUACAGCCCAGUUCACGCCUAUCUCUCCACCACCCAAGUAGUCCUCUUUACGAAUGGGAUGCUUCAAGUUGUAACAUUCGGUCAUACAUAUCCAACUCCAAACUGUCACACAGAAUUUCUUCCCUGGACGCCGGGAGGGCGUGCGUCCCCCGGGCCCUGUCCUUGAGGCGCCGGCUGUGCGCGCAGCCUGUUCUGGGG